AAAUUUCAAAUGACAAAUUUCGGCCGCAUUCAUCAUGAUACACAUGAUGAAACCUAAAUUGGGCUAUGUUGUGUGAAGAUGAACAGGAACCAGAGCAAGUAAUUUGUCGCUGUCGUAAUUGCGUUCUACGCAACCCUGAAGACGUUCCCUGGCCGGAGGCAUUGGAACUAGAGGCAGAGACACAAACAGAGUCAGUGGCUGCCCAGAAACCGGAGGCACAAAAAAAGGGGAAGAAACAGAAACAGAAGGCACCGAAGGCACCGAAGGCACAGAAGGCACAGAAGGCACAGAAGGCACAGAAGGGACAGAAGGAAGAACCACAGCCGACGGCUCAGGAGGAGGAGCCAAUAGAAAUGGAGAAACAUGAAGAGAAAAAAUUUGGGAGAAGAGGCUCCGUUCGGACCAUUGAAUCCUUGCACAGCAAUGCCACCAUGCUGGAGGCGGAUCGCGAUCUGGAUUUCCAAAAUGGUGAACGUCUGUCGGGGAAUGUGUCCGCAACUGACGCGCGAUCUGCUACGCAGCAACAGCCACAGCAGCCCACCAUUCUGCUGAUUGUGGUCAACAAACCGCCCGAGAAUCCGCUCUAUCCACCGCCAGGAGCGCCAGGUUACGGUCCAGGUCCAGCCAGAGGACCCCACAACUAUUAUAAUCCACCGCCUGGACCUGGAUUUGGACAUGGACGAGGACCACCUGGUUAUGGACCUGGUCGAGGACCACCUGGAUAUGGACCUGGACGUGGCGGACCUGGUUAUGGGCCUGGUCCAAACUAUGGCCAGUAUCCUGGCUAUGGACCUGGUCCAAACUAUGGCCCCGAACGUCGUCGCAACGACGGCUAUCGGGAGAAUCGUCCGUAUCCACAGCGCAGAGGAGGAGACCCUCGGGAACGCAGAGACUCAUACCAAAACGAUGGCCGGCAGCGACAACCUCCAGCGUCGCAAAACUGGCGAGGAGGACCUCCUCCUCAAGGAGGAAAAAAUAGUGGCGGUCCUCGACGGUCAAAUGAUGGCGAAGACGAACGUGACGACGACGGCGAACAACCAUCCCGAUGUCGAUGCGGACAGGCCGAUGGUCGAAAAAGAGGAAAAGCAGGAAAUGCAGGUAACACUGGAAAUGGCAGGGACCAAAACAACAAACGAUGUAUGUGCGUAAGUGAAGACGGGCGCUAUACGCAAAGUAAUCCACCAAGUCACAGGAACUGCCACUGCCACGAUAACGGCGACGAUGCGGCAACUACAACAAAAGAUGACAAAACUCAGGGAUAUCAACGCGAUGGAAACGAACGCGAGGGAAACGAACGCGAGGGAAACGAACGCGGCGGAACUGCUCGCAGCGGAAAUAAACGCGUCAAAAAUAAUCGCGGUGCCAAUCGCAAUGCAGACGAGCCCGAGAGUCCCGAGAGUCCCCAGAAUCCCCGUCUGCCGUUCAGCAAGGAAACGACCUGCUCCCACCAGAAGGAGGAGGUGAUCAUACCCGGCCAGAAGACCUAUCGCUAUGUCACAGUGCCCGUUUGCAUUACCCAUGGCAAUGCAAAGUCCUGUGUGUGCUGCGACUGCCGGGACGAGCCCGAUGACGAUGACGAUGACGACGAAGACGAGGACAAUCCAAACCGCGUAUGCGAUUGCAGCCCCAAGGGCCAUUGCACCUGCAUGGAUGGUCACGGUGGCAGCCAUUUGCCCAAUGAACUUCUCUGCGAGUGCGACAUGACCAAUCUGGAGCGAACGCUGCAACAUCUCAUACCCAAUACGGACUGUAUGUGCUACUUCAAGAGCAAGAAGAAGCGACGCAAGAGGAAGCCAAUUCCAUUUAAGCGAUACGAUCGCUUUGCGAGUCCCCCCUUUGUGCUGAACCCCCGGCCGCGUUGCCUGGAGUAUAGCUGCAACAGUUGCUGCUGUCCGGUGGGCAGGAGCUGCUACUCCCACGACUUUAGUCAUGCCUGCUGUCGUCCAUGUUGUUGGUGAUGCUCUGGUAGAUUCCACAAUCAUAAAAUAAAUCCAGUCAUAGGCCAAGGCCGAAAGAAAAAGA